CCUUGGGCAGUCGAUUGGCAGGAGGUUACUUUAGGGGUGGACCCUGGCCCUCAGGACUGUAGAAGACAGACGGACAACUCUGAAACACCGACCACAGGACUACAGAGGACCGUUGCCUGUCACACCCACCACCAGACCCAGCCAGGAUUCAAACUUGCAACCUUUGGAUUAGAGGCAGAUCCUUACACCCAUUUGCCAUCCCCCAUCUACAACACCAGAGCAAAACCGAAACCUACUAGAAGAUUACACCUUCAGAGACUUUUGCCUCCCUGACAGAGUGACCUGCCCUCCCAAGCAAGGUGUGAGGACCCUCAUCCUUCCUGUCUCCACACAUUCCCAUUCUUCUUCUCCUCUGCUGCCGCACCUCUCAGGGCAGAAUGGACCGGUCUGUGCAGGAGCUGUUUCUGAACUUCACAGUAGUCUUGAUCACUGUGCUGCUCAUGUGGAUCCUAGUCAAGACCUACCAGGCCUGAACCACCAGGGGACAGAUACAGGGGGAGAGAGAUGAAGGGCUGAGAAAUGGUGGAACUGGGUGGUACAUUUCAAUCCAGUUACUGCAGUUGCAAACAAUCUUGAAAGCUUACUGGGCGACAGGUAGCCUAGUGGUUAGAGAAGUGGGCCAGCAGCCCGGGUUGCUGGCAUCAUCCUAGAUGCCAUUGCCUGCUGUUGUGUCCUUGAGCGAGGCACUUGACCCCCUACAAUUUCUCUGCAGCUGAUCCAUGCGUCUGACCUAUUGCUUCCAGUCCCUCGUCUGUGUUUGUCUCAGGGGUUUGGGGUGUGAGCAUAAAGACACAUUUCCAUUAACGGACAAUAUAGCGAACGGACAAUAAAAUACAAUACAUCUUAUAUUAUCUUAACUCUGAAACAUAGCAGUUGCACAUGGUCCCUGAGAAAUGAAGUGAAUACAAGACAUUGAAAGGUAUAGAUAUACCUUCACUGCUUCAGCUGUCUGCUAUGAAAGACAUGCAGUUCCUCACUCCUGCCUCUUAGAGGGACUGUAGUGUUAGAGAUGAGUUGGCAAGCAUUCUGUUUACACGCUCUACAAUAAAAAGAACUG